AAGUUCUAGCAUGGGUCAUACGGUGAAAACUUCAAAGCGUGAUUGUUUCUCGAUGUGGCGAAACACCUUGUACAUUUCAUGCCUUUGUAAAUUGAGCAUGUUGAGAGAAAACACACAGGAGUUAAAAGCGUAAAACAGCGGACAUUUUUUGUGAUGUUUAUUUUAUUUGUGGUGUAAAGGCAUUGGACAAAGAAGAGUGCCACUCCCAACUGCAAUGCCAGCGAGAAAUGUAAAAGACGAGCCAGUCAACCCCGUCAUUGUCAUGGCAACAGAACCCAACGUUAGCAACCCACCGCUCAGCUCUGACAAGCAGCUGAAAAGCAUCAAACACAUCCUGCAGGAUUACAGGCAGGGCUCGCGUGUUGAAUAUGCCCAGUUACUUCACAGUGUUUGCAACCCCAAUCUUGAUCCUGCCACUCUACUCUCAUGGAUCAAAGAGUUCCAGAAAUGUGCUUCAUAUCUUGGGCAGGAGUUUGAGCCAUUAGUCAAAGCUCUCCUGCAAGUGAAUUGGUGGGAUAGAGGGCCCAAGAUGCUGAAGGAGUACCGUCGCUUUGUGACACGGCUUAUCACGGCCCACUCAGUGUACCUUGCCUCGGUCCUUGCCAUGCUGGCCAAGAACCUGGUUCCGUCUGACCCCCCAGUUGCACUCGCACACCCAAACCCAGCUGCAUUGAUAAAAGAACACGAAGCCGUUGACAGGUCAAAGUUCACCUGGGUCCAUGAGACGAUAGGCCUGCUACUCACUGUUGCACCAGCAACUCCCAAGUUCCUUCUACCAGUUCUUGCCGACUGUUUUCCGUGGAUCAAGAGAUCCUCAUAUAUCAUGAAUGGUUAUGUGGAGAACCUGCUUAACAUCACAGCGUACCUACCAGAGUUGAGAGUCAAAGUUCUUGAACUCAUUCUUCAUCGCAUGACGGAACUUGAUGUGAAUUCUCCAAAGGAAGACAUAUGGGAAGCUGAGAGUACUGCGGAGAGCCCAGACAAGCCCAACGAUGCAGAAGACAUGCAAUUCAAGAUGGAUGGUGUGGAGGAAGGAGACACAGACUGUCUCAAGGAUGCAGGCGAUGAGAAGAAAGAUGCAGUCCAACAUGAGAUGGCUGACAAGCUAGACAUACUCAUGACCACUAUGAUGACAUACAUCAGGGAUGCGUGCUACAAGAAUGAUGAGUUCCAGCUAGAGGAAGCCCGUCUCCUUCACAGACAUCUCCUUCAAGUCUUUGAUAAGGUCAUCCUCCCCACCCAUGCCUCCAGCCAUGUCCAGUUCUUACUCUUCUACUUCUGCAGCUUCAGACAGGCCAUCAUCGAUGCCUUUCUAGAAUACCUAUGGAAACGCUUCACCAAUCCCAACACACCUGCCGUGCUCCGCCAGGCCACGGCGUCCUACAUCGCAAGCUUUGUCUCCAGAGCAAACUUCCUCCCUGUCAGUACUGUCACAGCAUGUUUGGACCUGUUAGCUGCCUGGCUUCAUUCCUACAUUGACAACCAAGAGGUCAACAACAGACUGCGGCAAGACGUGUGUGUCCAUGGGCCGUUCUACUCACUCUGUCAGGCUGUGUUUUACAUUUUCAUCUUCCGCCAUCGUCAGCUCCUAGCAGACAACAAGGGUCUGCACUACCUGAUGGGGCUGAACCUGGAGCGUGUGGUCACCUGUAGAUUAAACCCAUUGAGGCUUUGCCUGCCGUCCAUCGUCAACAUGUUUGCCACAUUGACCAGGAAAUACCAGAUAGCAUACUGUUACACCGUCAUCGAGCGCAACAACCGGUCGCUGCAUCAGGUGGCCAAGCUACACUCCAGUGACUCCACAUCUAAACUCGCAGCGACAAACUUACUGGAUUCCUUCUUCCCAUUCGACCCUUACUUGCUGCCAAGGUCAGGGAAGUUUGUCCAGUCUUUGUACAGACAGUGGGAGGGAUGUAAACCUGACGAAGACACUUCAAACACGAGGGAGGAGGAAGAGGAUGAAUUUGUGCAAUAUGAAGAGUGGGAUAGGGACCUCCCCCUGGGAAUUACACCUACAAAUGCAGCCUGCAUCUCCCCUGGAUUCAGGAGCUAAGCUCCAAACUCGUUUCGGCACAAUCAUGUAAGAUGCAGGGUUCGAUUGGACUACUCAAGAAUUUGUACCAAUCUAAUGGGGAAGAUAACUGAUGGUAUUGUCUCGUCGGUUAUUUUUAUGUUUGAACUUUUUUCUUUUUAUUUUCAAUGUUUCUUGUAAAGAACCUCAAGUUUCCAUGUCUGUGUUUCUUGGAUGUCGUACCCUGAAAAAUUAAUUUCUGAAUGGAAUUGCUAAAUAUGUACCUUCAGUCCACAGAGUCAGUUAUCUCCAGUUAUUAGCAGGGUAACAUAAGAACAAAACAUGUUUUGAAGGGCACAGACAUAACAACAUAACUCUGAUGAUGGGUUUCAGUAUAUUUUAUGUUUACAACCAAGUACCCCACCCCCUACUUUCUUUUAUGUACUUAUGUGAGUUUGGAAAGGAGUAAAACUACACAACUAGUCUUUUGAAAACACCAGAAAAUACUGGAAAAUUACCGUAGGCGUGAUUCCUUGCUAGAUAGCAUAUACAGGUUAAUGGCUUCUGACUAGCGCCCCUUGAACAACGAAAUCGACAUAACGGGGAACUGCAAACAUAGGAUGUGAUAGCUGAGUUGGUAGAGCACCGGAACUGUAGUUAAGAGGUCGCAGGUUCAAACCCUGUCCCAGUCAAUUACUUUGUUCAAUUUACAAACAAAAAAACCUGAAAAACUACCAUAAGGAAAAAAGGAACAAAUGCAAAAAUUACAGCUUACUGUAAAGCAGCAAAAGAAAUGUUAACAGCAUUUGUCCCAAGAACAGUUUCAGUCAAAACUCCAAAGUUUUGUCUUUAUUUUUAGCCUGAUUUCUGAAAAAGGAAUUACUGUUGUUUAAAAAAAAAGGUAACCAUUGGAAAUUCAAAUGUUUUUUAUUACAUCAGUGUGUUUUAAUUUGAAGAAUCAAAAUGGCCAUUUUAAUUCUAAAUUAGCAAGUUAAAUGCCUUGCUGUUUCACAAAUUAAUAAGUUUUCUGAUAUACUACAUUGUGAGAAAUGUAAGGGCUUAUGUACCAUGAGCCAAACUUAUGUUGAAACAUGGCAUAAAUAACAAUUGCAUAGCUGAAACAGAAUUUCAAUAUUGUAUUUUUGGCUUUAGAAAUGUCAGUUGACAUUAAUAAUGUAACAGUUUAUCAUAGUAUUUGUACAAAUGUUAAUUGUAUUUAUUAGCAUCUGUAAUAUGCAGGCAUAUGUACAUAUAUAUACAAUGUAUAUGUAAUUACAAGUGCAUUUCAUAAUAAAACACAUUGACGUCCA